ACCCAGUAAGCUGCCAACAUUCGCGCAGGGUUGACGUCCCCCAAACGUCCGCCAUCUUGGUGCCAUUUCCCGCGUAACAGUAAAAAUUUUCGCGCGCAAAACGUCCGGAAAAUAGCAGCGUCCUUAUGAAGGAAGUAAUUACGUAUAUCUGUUUUCAGUUUACAACAAAUCUGUUUUGUCGGGAUAAUAAUUUCUACAGCAUACUAGAGUUGCUGAGUCGAGAAUGAGACGCGAUGAAUCGUUAAAGAGUAUAUCAAGGUAUUCUUCGCGCCGGCUGAGCGAGCAACGCCCGGCGCUCACACUUGGCUUGCGGCAGAAUUCGCUCACUAUCAGCACACUUGCUCAGCAGGCCGCGUUCUUGGCUGAAAAGGCGAGGCAAACCGAAGUUGGGGACCCUAAUCAACAAGCGGCACCUAGUUCUUGGUGGAACCUAUUUAGAUUCGCGAAACCAUGGGAGCUACUCGUACUCCUACUGGGACUAAUUCUCGCCACAUUCAAUGGCCUGAUGGUGCCAGUUGGGGUGAUAGUGUAUGGCGAAUUUACGUCGCUACUAAUCGACCGUACUGUUAUGACUGGGACGUCUACCCCGGUUCUUUGCAUCGCGUGGUUUGGUGGGGGGCGGUCACUGACGAAUGCAACGGCGGAAGAGAAUCGCCUAGCGUUGAUUGAGGAUUCCGCUGCGUUUGGCCUCGGUUGCUUCGUCUUCUCAGUUAUACAGUUUAUCGUUGGUGCUCUUAGCGUCGACCUGUUCAACUAUACCGCUCUUAAACAGAUCAAUAGGCUAAAAGAAUGCUUCUUAAAAGCGAUAAUCCGUCAAGAUAUCACCUGGUACGACUUGAAUCAGACUAUGAACUUUGCUACGAAAGUAUCCGAUGACGUCGAGAAAUAUCGGGAGGGUAUUAGCGAGAAAGUUCCAAUGCUGGUGUACCUAAUAAUGUCAUUUGUCACCGCUGUCCUCAUAUCCUUUGCGUACGGCUGGGAGUUGACACUUGUCAUCCUGUCAUGUGCACCUGUCAUUAUUGCUACUACAGCUGUCGUGGCGAAGAUACAAUCAUCAUUGACCACGCAAGAGCUUAAAGCUUAUAGUAUAGCCGGUGUAAUAGCAGAAGAGGUACUUUCUUCUAUUCGUACGGUCAUCGCGUUUGGGGGAGAGGAGAAGGAAAUAAGCAGGUAUUCACAACGAUUAGAACCCGCGAAGAAAAUGGGUGUACGAAAAGGUAUAUUCUCUGGGAUCGGGAGCGGUGUGAUGUGGUUCAUUAUAUAUGCGACGUAUGCACUCUCCUUUUGGUACGGAGUCGGUUUGAUAUUGGAGAGUAGACAUGAAGAAACUCCAGUGUAUACACCCGCAGUGUUAAUGAUUAUAUUCUUCAGCGUGCUCCAAGGCGCUCAGAAUGUUGGGCUCACAGCCCCACAUUUAGAAGCAAUGACGAAUGCUAGAGCAUCUGCGGGGUCCAUUUUCGCUGUCCUUGACCGGAAACCCGCGAUUGACAGCUUGUCGACGGAAGGUAGCCGACCGGAACUGAAUGGUGAUCUGGAACUGAAUAACGUGUACUUCAAAUAUCCAGCUCGGGCGGAUGUACAGGUAUUAAACGGUUUAAAUCUUAAAAUCAACCGCAACGAAACAGUGGCCCUUGUGGGGUCUAGUGGUAGCGGUAAAUCCACAGUUCUACAGCUCCUACAGCGAAUGUAUGAUCCGGAAUCCGGUUCUGUGACCGCAUCGGGGCACGAUCUGAGGAAUAUCAACGUGAGACAUUACCGUGACCACAUCGCCGUGGUGGGGCAGGAGCCUGUGUUGUUUGCUGGCUCGAUAAAGGAGAACAUACGGAUGAGUAAUCCAUCGUGUACAGAUCAAGAAAUUAUUAUAGCCGCAAAACAAGCGUACUGCCAUAGCUUCAUUAAGAAAUUACCUGAAGGCUAUGAAACCAUGAUAGGUGAGCGCGGUGCCCAACUAUCGGGGGGUCAAAAGCAACGUAUAGCCAUUGCAAGGGCAUUGGUACGAAGGCCCAAAAUAUUGAUUUUGGAUGAGGCAACUUCAGCAUUAGAUUCUCACAGUGAAGCCAAAGUACAGAGGGCUUUGGAUUCUGCUGCCCAUGGAAGGACCACCAUCAUGGUGAGCCACAGGUUAGCGACUGUAUUAAACGCAAAUCGUAUAGUUUUCAUCGAAAAGGGCGAGGUGGUUGAAGAAGGUACACACGAGGAACUUCUAGAAUUGAAGGGACGGUACUAUCAACUGGUUCUACAGAAUGAACCGAGUAUUGCUCCCAGUACCGCAGUGGGUAAUGAGGGUGGUUCACAGAAACCAGCUAACUUUGAUCCCACCGCAGAUACGAAGUUUCGUAGAGUGAAACUCCAGAAGUUGGAUUCAGUGGAUUCCAUCAAAAGUUCAUCAGCAGAAGAGGAUGAUACAAUCUCUGAGGACAGCGUAGUUGUAGAAGAUGAAAAAGUGGGGGAAUUCGAACCUACCACCUGGCAGAUACUAAAACUGUGUGAACCGGAAAAAUGGUGGAUGAUGAUGGGUAUUGGGGCAGCGGUGGCUGUUGGUUCCUCUUUUCCCUGCUUCGCUGUGCUCUUUGGUGAAACAUAUGGUUUACUGGAGAGCAAAGAUGAGGACUAUGUGCGCUCAGGUACAAACUUGAUAGCGGUAUUGUUCCUAGUGGUUGGCGUGUACACGGGCAUCGGUAUAUUCUUCCAAAUAUUCAUAUUCAAUUUAACUGGUGUUAGACUCACAGAGAGGCUCAGAAUCGGUGCGUUCAGAGCGAUGUUACGACAAGAGAUGGGUUGGUUUGACAAUCCGUUGAAUGGAGUGGGAGCACUCUGCGGACGUCUUGCUGCUGAUGCUGCAGCUGUUCAAGGGGCAACAGGUACCCGUAUCGGCGCUUUAAUGCAAGCCUCUGCGACAAUUUUCAUCGGAAUCAGUCUCUCCAUGUACUACACAUGGCAGAUGACUCUGGUAUCCCUGGUCUCCGUGCCAAUGGUCAUCAUUGCUGUUGUCUUGGAGAGUAGAGUCCUGGCUGAGGGCAUAGCGACAGUACGAGAGGCUUCUAAUAGAGCGAACACCAUUGCUACUGAGGCGAUAACGAAUAUACGAACAGUGUCUGCCUUUUGCGGUGAAGAAGGCAUCUUAAACCGCUACAAAGAGGCUGGUGCAAGCGCAAAUCAAGCAGCACGAAGCAGUAUGCGCUGGCGGGGUAUGGUUUUCUCGUUCGGGCAGACGGCACCCGUAGCUGGGUAUGCCCUGUCCCUGUGGUAUGGAGGGGUUCUGGUUGCCAACAAGGAGGUGCCGUAUAAAGAUGUUAUCAAAGUAUCAGAAGCGCUGGUAUUCGGGGCGUGGAUGAUGGGCCAAGCUCUAGCGUUUGCGCCGAACUUCGGUGCGGCCGUGUGCGCAGCUGGCAGAGUAAUGACACUUAUUGAGAGACGGCCCAUCGUUGAAAGCACACACGCGCCUUCUGUACCUGAGAAUUAUGUAGCUCAGGGUAAAAUCCAGUACAAGAACAUCAAGUUCCGUUACCCCACUCGCCGUGAAGUUGAAGUACUACGAGGUCUCUCAUUAGUAAUUCCAAGUGGGAAAAGGGUGGCCUUGGUGGGGCCUAGUGGUUGUGGGAAAUCCACCCUUAUGCAAUUGCUUCAACGGCUAUACGACCCGGAUGACGGCACUGUUUUUCUAGACGACUACAGUAUCGUAAGCGACAUGCGACUUUCAACCUUACGCGGUAACUUGGGCAUAGUAUCACAAGAGCCAGUAUUAUUUGACCGCACUAUCGCUGAAAAUAUCGCGUAUGGAGACAACACGAGAACAGUGCCCAUAGAAGAAAUCGUUACUGCGGCUAAAUCCGCCAACGUUCAUACAUUUAUUGCUGCAUUGCCAUCUGGUUACGAAACCCGUAUCGGCGCCCGCGCAUCCCAAUUGUCUGGUGGACAGAAACAACGCAUUGCCAUCGCACGCGCGUUGAUCAGAAACCCACGUGUUUUACUAUUGGACGAAGCUACUUCGGCCCUUGACACACAUAGUGAAAAGGUGGUUCAAGAAGCGUUAGACAGAGCCAGCGAAGGCCGAACAUGCCUGAUCAUAGCCCAUAGACUAGCGACUAUACAAAAUGCAGAUAUGAUUUGCGUUAUCGACCGAGGAGUUGUCUCUGAAAUGGGAACCCAUCAAGAACUCAUAGCAUUAAAACGAAUUUAUGCAAGAUUAUAUGAACUCCAAUGCGGCUUUGUGGAGGAAAGCGAGGAAAAUCUGGACCAAUCUGCUUAAGUCUUCUUUUUCUUACUUUUUAGCAAUUUAUAUUCUAUGCCCUGUACCUCGAAAUUAAUUACAGUAAAAUCCGUUUAAUAAGAUUUCUAUACCAGGGGCUUGACACGACGCUUUUCGAUAGGCGUGACCCACUAACGCGAAAUGAGUUUGGGUCACACCUGUCGAAAAGGGUUUUUUUUCUCGAGCCCCAGUCCCCGAAGAAAAUCGUAAUAUGUUUUCCCACUUAAAACGUUUUUACUUCGUACUAUUAAAUGGUAUAUUAAUCUUAAGCUGUUUAUAGUUAAAUAACGUCUAAGAAUGAACUCACCUUUGAAGUGUCAAAACCACGAACUGACCUAUCAGCUGUAUUGUUACGCAUUACACGAAUAAAAAUGUCUAGUGUGACAUUGUAGGCUCUUAAGGUACGAUAACGAUAGUACGAUUAGGCACAUUUUUUACAAACAUUUUGUGCAAAGCAGAACACGUACUAAGCGCGUAUCGUGUUUGGCUUCUGUCUCCACCGGCAAUGCAGCGAGUUUUGUGCGCGCACAGUGCUACACACUUGUUCACUGGGAAGAUUUUCUGCCGACAGUUGCUAAUAUGGCCGGGCAGGAAAACGUUGUGCUUUGUAAAAUAUUCUUGAUGAUUCAAAAAAUUACUUGGCAUAGUGCGCGCACAAUUGUUCGCUUUGGUAGCGGAAGCAAGCUUUGGCGAACAACGAGUGUGUGCGCGUCGACACGAUUCCACUACUUGAACCAUGUGCGCGCACACAAGUGCACAGUUGUG